AUGGAGAAGGUGGUUGCUUGUCCAUACAAAAAGCCAAAUGCUCUCUGUAGGCUGAUUUGCUUUCCGUGGGCCGGAGGUGGAACCUCUCAGUUUGCUCAAUGGGGCAAACUCUUCAGCAGCUCAAUUGAAGUGUCCUCUGUAAGGCUUCCCGGGAGAGAAUCUCGUUUUAAGGAGCCUUUUGCAAAAGACAUGACCACCGUAGUUAAUGAAAUUACAAGUGUUUUGUUAGAAAACUUGCAAGAAAAACCAUUUGCAUUUUUUGGUCACAGCUUUGGAUCUUAUAUUAGUUUUGCAGUUGCGCUACAGUUGAAAGAAAAGUAUGGACUAGAGCCGAUCCAUCUUUUUGCGUCGGGGGCACAUGCCCCAAACUCUGAAGCGUUUCGUACCAUCAAAAGCAUACCCAUAUGUGAUACAGAAGAUGAAGAAAUUCUUACACAGAUAGAGAUUUUUGGAGGAACUCCUUCUACGCUUCUGCAGAAUGAAGACAGCAAGAAAGAUCUGCUGCUGGUUUUCAGAGAAGACCUUCGAGUUCUUCAGACAUUUUCUUUUGAGAAGGCAGACAGGAAUAUCCCUUUCUCUUGUGAUAUUACCUGCUUUAAUGGGUCCGAAGAUAAACCACAUGAUUUAGAAGCCUGGCACAGUCUAACAAGUGGAGACACUUCCUUUUACAACCUUCCUGGAGGUCACUUUUAUCUGCUGGAACCUUCUAAUGCCAUUUUCUUGACAAAACACAUAACGAGAUGUAUAGAAAAUGCCGAUCUGUGA